ACGUAUGCACGGAAGAAAGAAAAGGCAACCCAUGCAAAAGAAUAAUCGGGGGCCCGAUGACUAGUAUCAUCCGACCUCAACUCCUCUGUCCUCUACUACGCAUCUCUCUCUCUCAGGGGAAAAAAAAAUCUCCUCUCGGCCGAGAUCGUCUCCACCGCCGGCGAGCCUUCGAAACCGGAGCUAACCAGCGCCACCGCCGUCGCUCGUCAUGAUACAUUUUGUGCUCCUCAUCAGCAGACAAGGGAAGGUGAGGCUGACCAAAUGGUACAAUCCAUAUCCUCAGAAGGAAAGAUCCAAGGUUAUCAAAGAAGUAAGUACGCUCGUCCUGACAAGAGGUCCAAAGAUGUGCAAUUUUGUCGAUUGGCACGGAUACAGAGUUGUAUACAAAAGGUAUGCAAGCCUUUACUUCUGCAUGUGCAUUGAUGCUGCUGAUAAUGAACUGGAGACUCUUCAAAUCAUCCAUCAUUUUGUUGAGAUAUUGGACCGAUAUUUUGGCAAUGUCUGCGAGCUUGACCUGAUAUUCAACUUCCACAAGGCAUACUUUAUAUUGGAUGAGGUUCUGAUUGCCGGUGAGCUUCAAGAAUCGAACAAGAAAGCAGUACUACGCCUGAUCACUACACAGGACAACUUGGUGGAAGCAGCAAAGGAAGAGGCAAGCUCAUUGAGGAACAUAAUUGCACAGGCCACCAAGUAGAGCAGCGCAUCGUGCCUGCUACAAUGAUGAUUACUCAUUCUCACCCCAGGGCAUGAUAUUAACUAUAAUCAACAGGAACUUUUUUUUACAUUAAACUUGCCAUAAAAAUAUUUUUUGAAUGCUCUGUGUUUUCAUUUCGGCAGAAAUUUGUACCCUCCUUUUUCUUUUAUGUGUUGUUUUCUUCUAAUUUUUUCUACCCUUCUUUUUCUUUGGAGUAUAUACUUAAUUUUGUUCUCCUCAUCAUAGUGAGAAGGAAUAACUUAUAUAUUAUUGAAAUAAUUUGGCUAA